CAUUUAUUCCACGGCAGAACUUUGAUCGAGAAACACGAUCAAUUCUAAGCAGUCAUUGAGCUAUCCCUAAACAUUCUAUUCAAUUCACUGGCACUCGUGCAUAAAAUGUCAACCAUCGACCCUCAAGACAUCAACCUGAUUUCCACUUUCCUCGCCCACGAGCAAUUCCCCGCAGCACAGCCGCCCCCCCAUGCAGUCGACUGCAUUGUGAUCUGCGUGUCCGCCAUCCUUUACCAGGCCGAAGCGGUGUUCACAUUCCUCGCUGCAAACCCGCACGCCACCAAGACCCUGGUCUUCUGCGGCGGGAUUGGCCACUCAACCCCUUACCUCUAUGAGGCCGUGUCGAACAACCCCAAGUACGCGCACCUUGCACCAGAAAUUCAAGGCCAGCCGGAAGCCCGCGUGCUUCACACCAUCUUCACCAAAUGUUUCGAGGCUGUGGCCUCGGGCUUCCGGAAGGCUGGGGGCAACCUUCUGGUUGAGGACCAGUCCACGAAUUGCGGACAGAACGCGAUAGACACGAGGCGCCUGCUGGAAAGGAACGCCAUCCCGGCACCUAAUUCCGUAAUUAUCGUUCAGGAUCCCACCAUGGCCCGAAGGACGAUUGCCUCAUUCGUCAAGGCCUUUAAGCCGUCCACCCCGGAUCUAUUAAGCUGGCCAAUCAUAGUGCCCCGGGUCAGCUUGCAGGAGAACAAUGAGUUGGCGUACGAUGUAGAGGGAAUCCCUGCAGAGAGCUUGUGGACGAUUCCUCGCUUUCUAGGACUAUUGAUGGGUGAAAUACCGCGGUUGAGAGAUGAUGAGCACGGCUAUGGGCCUCGGGGUAAAGGGUUCAUCGAUCACGUCGAUAUUCCUCAGGACGUUGAGAGAGCGUUUCAUGGCUUGGAACACGGGAUGCUAAGAUCGGAACUAGCCAAGAGAUAACCGUGAUUGGUCCAGCUCGGCCUAUGCAC